AUGGAAGGACGGCCCACCAGCAGCACCAGUGAGACGUGCGACGCGUGUCUUCGAGAAGACGACGCAGCAGGGUAUCGGCAGCUGAGGCCAAGGACCAUGAGCAUGUUGCGGGCUUUCGUUCGUAAUGCUGGACUGGCGGAGAAGUUCCCCGGCGUGAUGCCCCUUGGUGUCGGUAUAGAUUCCUUGGUUCGAUGCAAACGUGCUGAAUGUGUUUUGAAGCAAAACGACAAGCAUAUGUCGGACUUUUGCCACGACCGAGCGCGUAAGAAACAGAAACGCAAUCGUAGCGAAGCUGCAACUUGGACUUCCGCACCUGAGCCCGCAGUGCACGUGAAAAGGCGACACUUGGACCGCUACUGUACAUCGAUCGUGGCGGUGGAGGCGUUGCUUGAUGCUGUCAACGUCAGCGGCAGGGUGUUGGAUAUGUGUGGGGGGCCGGAUGAUGCCGUGGCACGGAAACUCCGAGACACGUGUGAGGUGGUAACGAACGACGUGAGCAGCAGGUACUAG